GCGUCUAGAGGAGUGGAGCAUCUCUGCCGCAGCUGAACCAAACCUCGCCUUUUUUUUUUCUUGGAACAUCUAAACAAAAAGGCCUACAAAAUCAAGCACGUAUAUGAAAAAGAGACAAAGUGGACGACCAUCAACAUGACAGAAACGGCCAAAACUCACGUUAUAUUGCUUUCCUGCGGAAGCUUCAACCCCAUCACAAAGGGACACAUUCAUAUGUUCGAAAAAGCCAGAGAGUUCCUGCAUAAGACAGGACGCUUCAUAGUGAUUGGCGGGAUCAUUUCACCUGUACACGACUCCUAUGGCAAACCGGGUCUUAUUUCAAGCAGACAUCGGCUCACCAUGUGUCAGCUGGCAGUGCAGUCAUCUGACUGGAUCAGGGUCGACCCUUGGGAAUGUUAUCAGGACACCUGGCAGACUACCUGCAGUGUACUGGAACACCACCGAGACCUUAUGAAGAGAGUAACAGGAUGCAUUCUAUCUAAUGUGAACACACCCUCUACAACUCCGGUGAUUGGCCAGCCCCAGAACACCACUUCUCCAAUCUUCCAGAACAACAACUCCUCGAACAAACCCACAGCUAUUAAGCUGUGGGGAAAGAUGAGUGAGAGUUUGGGCAAAAUCUGCUGUGUUCGCCCGCACGUGGAGCGCUUCACUUUUGUUGAUGAAAACGCAAACCUCGGGACCACAGUGCGUUACGAAGAAAUCGAAUUGCGUAUCCUGCUCCUGUGUGGAAGUGAUCUACUGGAGUCCUUCUGCAUUCCUGGGCUAUGGAACGAGAGUGAUAUGGAGGUGAUUGUAGGUGACUUUGGGAUCGUGGUGGUGCCUCGGGAUGGAACUGACACAGAAAGGAUAAUGAAUCCUUCCUCUGUGCUUCGUAAGCACACGGGCAAUAUCAUUGUGGUGAAGGACGAUAUGAACCAUCCGAUGUCAGUUGUUAGUUCAACUAAAAGCAGACUGGCCCUCCAGCACGGAGACGGCCACGUGGUGGACUACCUGACUCAGCCGGUGAUUGACUACAUCCUGCAGAACCAGCUUUACAUCACCGCGUCUGGAUAGAAGAGAGGAUGCAAGCGGAUGCUUCUCUUUAAGCUGCCCCGUCCGUCUCCCUGUGUGUGAAUAACAGUGUAGUCCUGCCUCACUCUACCACUGCUUUUUCCAUAUAGAGGAGUGUAACCUACAGUAUCUGUCAUCCUUUCUAACUGUAUCAUAGUGACUUGUCAGGAGUAAUGGUGCGCUGCAUUGUGCCGAACAGACCCGCCCUGUACCAAUGCAGUGCGAGGAAAUGGAGCAGGUGGACAUAGUGAUCUAAUGAUGUGAGAGAAAGGGAUCUUUAAAAGAACAGAAAAUUAAAAUGAAGAGGGAGUAAUACAGAAAUUGUUACCGGCUUGAAUGUUGGCCUUGCUGUCAGUUUGAUACUGUCCUUUCCUCUAAUUGCAUGUCUAGAGGUUUUCUUUUACCGCACGAGUGCUUGAAUAGCAUUGUAGACUGUAGUCCGCUGUAACAGUGUUUCCGAAGACCCAAAAAAAAAAAAAAAAAAAAAGUGCUUAGGCGCAUCUCAUCUCUAACUUCAUUUUCUAUUGAAUAUAUGACUGUGUACAAAGGAAUUUGGAUUGCUGUCCUUUUUGCAACUGCAACUAUUAUGCUGCACUGUUCUUGUCUUCGAUGUGCAUUCAUGCAUAUGUCAUUUGUAUUUGGUUGCACAUUAAAGAAUGACCUUUCCUUUUGCGCACUACUCUUAAUAAUGCUGUGUUUGCUUGUAGAAAAGCUUGAGAAAGACAUUAAUCUGUAAUAUUGUAGUACUGCUGUUACUUUUGGGGCUGCCAUUUUCCAGCUUUAUAUGACAAGAAGUCAAGCUACUGUAUACUAAUGCUUCUAAACUCUUAAAUAGGAAGUCAACCUAUCUGAAUUUGAUUUCAGUGUCUGAAAUCUAAGGCAUUAUUUAUUAGCUUGAUUAGAUUGAGUGAAUUAGUAAAUAAAAGUUAUACAAUAAAGAUGUGCAGCGAGUUUAAACCUGGCAUAUAAAUGAAAUAAAAAUUGACCGGAUACAUUAUUAGGUAUACGUUCAUGUAUGUGUAAUUAUCCAAUCAGCCAGUUGUACUGUUGUCACAUCAAGCCCCAGGUUCUUGUUCUUGGCUGGCCAGGGUGGAACCCAGAGCGGUUUUCUUCUAUUGUAGCUCCCCACAAGACGUUUGAUGUUUUCAGAUGCUUUUCUGCUCACCAUGUUCGUAAAUAGAGUUUACUUGAUUUACUAUAUGGGGGCACGGUGGCUUAGUGGUAAGCACGU